AUGUCUAAAAAGUUAUUAAAUCGCGAUAUAGCUUAUCAAGUUAUUCAACUACCGAAAAAUAAUACAUUUGAUUUCAUUUUUGAAACUGGUGAUGCUGGUGGAACUAAAAAAUUUCGACGAAAUGCGAAUGAAAUUAUCGUGCGUCUUAUUGAUGUUCCGUUCCCUCCAGAUUUAACUGAAGAGGAUCUAAUAAAACCAAGAGAUGAAAAUUGUGAUAAAAGGAAAGUACCGAAUAAAUUCUUUAUAUAUAGAAAAUGGUACACCAUGUGUUUGGGAAGAGAAGAACAGAAAAAUGAUCAAACGUCAAUUUCUCCUUAUAUUUCUGAACAUUGGGCUAAUGAACCUCAAGAAGUUAAGGAUUAUUAUGCUGCCUUGUCUAAACGUGCAGGUAAAUUGUUCAAAGAAAGAUAUGGAACUGAUGGAUUUAAAAGAAAAACUCCAAAAAAAAUACGAAAAAAUAAGAAAAAUACCCAAAAAUAUCUACGAAGUAAAAAUUUACCUAAAAUUAUGGAAGAAAAUCUCAACUCAACUGAACCUCUACGCCAACAACAUCAACCAUAUUUAUCGAAUAAUUUAAUACUUUCCGAGCCUUCACGAUUAAAAUCUUUACCCCUAUUUGAUCAUCAUUCACAUAUAGAAUCUUUAUCUCUAGAUUCAGAAACUAUAAAUUUCCCAGAAUCUCAAAAAUCUCAUUCUUCAGAGAUGAAUCAUACAAAUAACAUGUGUGCUCCAAAUUCACUUGCAAUUAAAACGGAUACUGGAACAGUUGUAUGGUAUCAACUAUAA